AUGGCUUCCACAUCCAUUUCUCUCUCAAAACAAAUUAUCGGCCCAAAAUUCUCUGGCAAUAAGACGCCAUCUCCGCCCGGUAAUGUCAAUUCCCGCCACCAACUUCGUCUCUCUGUUACCGGAGAAAGGAGUUGCAACGGCCCUGAGCCGCAAAUGACGUCGUUGUAUGAAGUCCUUGGGAUUCGAAUGUGUGCAUCGUAUCAAGAAAUCAAGAUUGCGUACAGAAAUCUAGUAAGAAUCUUGCAUCCCGACGUCGCAUCCAACGGACGAGAAAAUCACAAGUCAACUGCCGAUGAGUUUAUGAGAGUGCAAAUAGCAUAUUCGACCCUUUCCCACCCGGAAAAGCGUGCCAGCUACGACCGCACACUUCUCCGGCGAAGGUUUCCGGUGGAUUUGCAGCAUUCCGUGUUGCCGGAAAGUGGCUUGUCUGGGUAUAUUCGCCGGAGACGGACAUGGGAAACUGACCAGUGUUGGUAA